AUGUUUGUUAGGAAGGAACACGGGAAUUGUAAGGUGUUAACAUUUCCAAAAUCGCACACAACGCCACUUUCCACAUGUGAACAACAAAGCAGCUGCAACGCGAAAGAGAAUUGUAUAGGAUCGAGUGACCGACUUUCCCUCCCAUAUGACAUUCGAAUAUCCGAAUGUGCCACCGUAAGAAGGAAAGGUCACUGCACUGCACUUCAUAUUCCUAUCGUCGUGUUGUUUUAUAAUGGUCGCUUCAUUCUCGAUCGAUCCGUGCACUCAAGGCAUGACAGUUCUUUGUUUGUAGUUGAACCAUCAUUGCAGAGUUAUUUGAUGAUUUCAUAA